AUGGAAUUUGCAUUGGCUCAUCCUGCUCUCAAAGCCUUCAUGUGUGGCUCUCUGAGUGGGACCUGCUCCACGCUGCUGUUCCAGCCUCUGGACCUGGUGAAGACCCGUCUGCAGACCCUACAGACUGGUGUUCAGCCAGGCACGGCCAGAGUGGGCAUGAUGACGGUGUUUCAGAACAUUGUGCGCACAGAGAAGCUCCUCGGACUGUGGAAGGGGGCUUCCCCGUCAUUUGUUCGAACCAUCCCUGGUGUGGGCAUAUACUUCAGCACAUACUUCACCCUGAAGCAGCACUUAGUCCAGGGGAAGAGUCCUGGAGCCAUGGAGGCGGUACUGCUGGGAGCAGGAGCCCGCACUGUGGCUGGGGUCCUAAUGCUACCAGUCACUGUCAUCAAGACACGAUUUGAAUGUGGCAGGUACAGCUAUGGAAGUGUGACAGGGGCCCUCCGCAGUGUGUGUCAGGCAGAAGGUCCAGGAGCUCUCUUCUCUGGACUUCUGGCCACGCUGCUCAGAGAUGUCCCCUUCUCUGGGAUCUAUGUCAUGUUCUACAGCCAGACCAAAGCUGCACUGCCCGAAGAAAUCAGUCUCACCGUCUCAGCCCCUGUGGCAAACUUCUUCUGUGGCGUUCUAGCUGGGGUUUUGGCAUCUUUGAUCACUCAGCCUGCAGAUGUGGUCAAAACCCGCGUACAAAUCAACCCUCAAGUCCGCACACUACAGGCCAUCGCAUCCAUCUAUGUGGAACACGGUGUGGAUGGCUUCUUCCGAGGCGCGGUGCCAAGACUUCUCAGGAGGACGAUGAUGGCUGCCAUGGCCUGGACUGUCUACGAGCAGAUGAUGGCACAUACUUCCAUACGGCGUUGUUUCGUGCUCUCCCAAUAA